UUAUAUAUUUGAAUAUACAAGUUACACCUGAGUAUAAGUCGCAAACCCAGUCAAAGGAUGAAGACGGUGCCACCUAUAGUCCGGAAAAUACAGUGUAUAUACAGAGUGAUAGGAAACUGAGGAAAUCACUUAGGUUUUAAAACAAAGCGGGUGCUCCUUUAUUAAGAAACGUACGGUACAGUAUAGCUUUACGUUACCACAUUAAACAUCCCCCCAGAGAUAAACUUGUACUCUUUGACCUUUGUGUUUGUACUUUAAAUCUCCAGGCUCUGUGUGGAGUUGCAGAUAAACAACACUUCCUUGCGAGACUAACUUUUGCGUCAUUGGACUAAUAUAAAAAAAUUUGAAUUUUACAAGUUGUACAUUUUGCACCGGGGCCAAUACCUGCAGGAAGCAGUUUGGCUCCGGACCCCUCACGUCGCUCCUCCUCCUUCUAAAUCUCCUCCGCUCCUUGUCAAGUGCAGUAAAAGAGCCUUCUGUGUGAAAUUAUAUAAUGUUACACCUCAACAUUUUGGCUGUGUGUGUGAAGCCUCCUUCAGCUCAGACGUCAGGGUCCAACAGACCCACAGACCCCGUCCCCAUUUCCUCCUUUAGUUUAUGUUCUUCCACUCCUUCCCACCAACCCACCCAUCACUCUUGAACUCCUGUGUGUGUAUAUGUGUGUGUGUGAGUGUGUGUGGUAUGGAGGGGGCGUGGGGUGGGAGGAGUUUGUUUCCUGCAGCUCACCUGAAUAAUACUCUCUUUGUGAGCUCCAGCUUUAUAAAUUCACCCCCGAAUGUCUCCUGCCCUUGCACACGUUGACCUUGACACAUCAACCCAGACCCACAUCCAUCCAUAACCACCAUGAGGCUGACGGUGAGAGCAUCGCUGCUCGUCAUGGCAGCAAUUCUUUGCAUGUCAAAGGCUCAGACCAACAACGGCAGCAGUGACAACAAACAGCAGCAGCAGCCGCAGCAGCAGCAGCAGCAGCGUGGCGUCUGGGAUGAGCCCAUCAGAUUCAACACCAAGUCAAAGGACGCCUGUACCAUGGUGGUGUCCGGAGCUGCCGACUACACCCGUCUGCGCGUCUCCUGUAAAGGCCCGAGCCAGGGCCAGACUCCAGGACGUUCCUACUACUGCGACUUUCAGGGAAAACCCAACUUGUGUCGCCCGUACAACAACAACCCUCGACACUACUUCACCCAGAUGAUGUGGGAGCUGAGAAAGGUGAGUCACGCCUGCCAGGGAGCCAAAGUCUACCGCCAACAGAUGUGCAAGAAAUACCCAGACGAGGUCCACAUGACCUUCCUGUCCUCCUGGCCCAAGACCACCAGCCCCAAACCCUCGAAGCCUCUGCCAGAGCCGCGCAAACCAGUGCAGCCAGCUCAGGUCAAGCCCGUCGACGCUUCCAAACCGGUCAAGACCGAGGCCAGUCAGCCUGUCAAGCCAGGAAAAGCCCCCAGGGUUAAGACAACCACCCCCAAGCCUGUGAAGUCCAACACCACUCGUCCUUCAGAGCAGCCGGAAUCCGGUUCUUCCCGACUGGCCACAGAGUACUGCUGGAAGAGCUUCCAUGGUCUGUGCUCCUACGUCAUCAGCUGGUUCCAGAACUGAGACAGAGGUUGAAAACUGUAGCUCGACUUCCCACUUCCACAUCUGACCACUCCAGGAUCUGUCUGGUUGGAGAAAAUGUUGUCGACUCCCCCGGGUGCAGCAUCUAAGAGACUGAGCUGAGAGAAAACCGUUUUAAAGACGACAGCGUCUGCUGUCAGGAAGUUGACUCCACGCAGCAGGAGGAAACAGCAGCCAGGCAUGUGUGUGUGUGUGAGUGUGUGUGUGUUUGUACAUGAUGUAAAAUUCUCUUCUGGUGUCACGUGGCUGAAUGGUUCAAUAAACUGUCAAAGAUGCAGAGUCGAUAAAGUUUCCGAGUCCAUUCUUCUCGUUCUCCUGUCCUGAAUAAGCGCCUCCUUCCCACUCACUGACAGAAGGGGCCCUUGUUUGGUCAUCAGCUGUGACCACACGUCUGCGGCCUGGUGGAGGAAGCCGUUAAUGCACAGGCACGCUCCGCAGUGAGGAUAACGACACAGGAGUGAAGCCUUCUUUGUGGGAGGCCGAGGGUCGGCUUCUUAGAGCUACAGUGUGCAGGAACAGAGCAGGUCUGUGUUUGAGUCCACGUCUGCUGCUCCAGUGUUUCCACAGACUCAGGAACACAGGCCCAGACGGGGAAAAGACAGGUAUAAUUGGGUUUAUUUAACUCUUUCGAGGGGUGGUCUCUUAAAAGGUUUAGGUACCUCGUCGGUCUGGUUUUACAAAACCAUGUUUU